AUGACGGUCAACGACCAAGCCGCAUUCGACGCUUGGAAGCAACAUGGCAGCCCGUCCCGUCAGGACAUUGAGCUGGUAACCACGCAAAUGCUACGUGAUAGUCAUCCUGGCUACCAUAUCACGCGUACCAAACGCUCAUCUUGCGAUGUGAUGGGCUAUGCUGAUGCAGGGCAUGCGUCCAAGACGCUCCAAGACGCCGCGGGCUACGACGCCUUGCGCGAGUAUACAUCCAGCGGCACCAAAUGCUGCGAUCCGUGGCUCCUCCCAUUCUGCAAUCGUUUUACUCCCGAUGCAGGCGCGGGCAUUCUCAGGGACCAAAUCCGCUUCUGCCGCUGGGCCUACUCCUGGAAUGACUACGACUUCAUCAUCUACGAAAUUGGCUAUCUAGAUAGCUACGGGAACCUUGCAAAGCAGUUUUACAUUCUGGCCCCCGCCGAUGACAACGUCAAAGGCGUGCACCAUGGGCAGGUUGAUGCCUUGAUCCUUGCCGCAGGAGCCUGGACCAAGACGCUGCACCAAGAAAUCUACGUCUUUGACGAUGCGAGCUGGUCCAAGUCGGCCGAAAUGUUCAAGAGCGUGCAGGGGUUCUCGUGGGACGACGUGGUACAAGCUCCUUCUUUAAAGGUCAACCUGAUGAAGGACGUGCUGUCCUUCUUCGACAACCGCGAGCUGUACGCCUCGAUGCGAGUGCCGUGGAAGCGCGGCGUCAUCCUCCACGGCGUUCCGGGCAAUGGCAAGACUCUCAGCAUCAAGGCGCUUGUCAACUCGCUCGCGGCGCGACAACCGCCCAUUCCCUCCCUCAUUGUCAAGUCCUUUGACAGCAUUUGCAAUGGGUCAAAGUACGCCAUGAGAUCCAUGUUUUCCCACGCUCGCGCCAUGGCACCGUGUCUUCUCAUCUUUGAGGACCUGGACAGCCUAGUAGAGGACAAGACGCGGAGCUACUUCUUCAACGAGGUGGACGGGCUGCAGUCCAACGAAGGCAUCCUCAUGGUCGGGUCGACAAACCAUCUCGGCAACCUGGACGCUUCCAUCACCAAGCGGCCCAGCCGCUUUGACCGAAAAUUUCACUUCAAGCUGCCCGAGGAGCCGGAGCGGGUCGCCUACUGUCGACAGUGGGCGGGCAAAUAUGUUGAUAAAGCUGCCGUCGACUUCCCAGACGAGCUGUGCCAUGUUAUCGCCAAACUCACCGAGGGGUUCAGCUUUGCUUACCUCAAGGAACUCUUUAUCGCGUCGUUGCUUAUUCUUGCUCGCGGCGAUGAGGGAACUGGUAUUGAGACGAAUGGCCACAAGAACGGUACCGAUGUUGAUAGGGACUGCGUUAAAAGCCCCGCCGUUGUCGAAGUCGAGGCUGCUUUGACACAGGAGGAUGGGGCCGAUGUUGAGGAGCCUCGGACGAAAGACGAGCAGUCGGACAAGUCGACCCCGGAAAAGGCCAAGCGGGCCAUGCCAGAGGUGGAAAUUCCUGAGAGUCUGGCCGACAAUGAGUUGCUAAAGGUCAUCUUGCGGGAGGCAAGGCUGCUCUGGGACCAGAUGGACAACUCUGAGGACGGGGAUGAAGACAAGGGGACAGACACGGAAAAUAAGUGA